CGAUUCCUCCUCUUCUCGCUCGAGCUCGUCUCGUCUCCCACUCUCCCCACCCCAACCCAUCUCCGGCACACCACCGGGCCCCGGCCACACCUUCCCCCUCUCCUUGCCUUGCCUGGUGAGUUCCCCUCGCCGCCGUGGACGCGCGAGCCAACACUAAACCGUCGCUUCGCUUCCCAACAGAUAACGCCGCGCCCGGCAGCGGCCGCGCCCGCGCCCGCCGCCGCAGGUCCGGCGCCAGCCGAGCUCCAGGCUCGGGCCCGCGGCCCCAACCCUAGCUCCCUCCCACGGCCCCGGAGCGCGGCGCGGGGCGGCGGGGGCAGCAGCAGCGAUGCUGUUCCAGGUGGGAGGGCAGGGCGCGCGGCCCACCUUCUUCGAGAUGUCGGCCGCGCAGCAGCUUCCCGCCAGCCUCCGCGCCGCGCUCACCUACUCGCUCGGGGUUUUUGCACUAAGAAGGCCAUUACUACACAAAGUUUUAGAUUAUGAAGAUGAAUUCUUUGCUUUGUUAAUGGGUGUCCUUGAGUCUCACAGUCUACGAACAACAGAUGGUUCUUUUUCAGAGUCAUUAUAUGGUCUCAGGAGGAGACCUGUUAAGGUUUCAGUGAAGAGAAAGAGCCCUGGUACAGAAUCCAGUGACAAAGUCUAUGAUUCUGCACUAAGGAAGCGCCAGAAAAUCCUCUCAGUGGUUUUCUUGGUUGUUUUGCCAUAUUUUAAGUCAAAGUUGCAGUCUAUAUACAAUAAAGAAAGGGAAGCCAGGUUGCAGGCAACUCUUUGGGGUCAGGAUGAUGUGAGGUUUGAUGAAGCCGGCUUUGUAUUAGAUCAGGAGCAGACUUCUCAAGCACAGAAUGACCCUGCAACUGGAGGAGUAUCAAACUUGACACGUUUUAAGAAAAAUUUUGCCUCACUCAUAGGUGUUUGCUAUCCAUGGAUUCAUGCAACUAAUGAAGGUCUGUCAUUUGCAUACCAGCUGCUAUAUCUGUUGGAUGCCACUGCUUUUUAUAGUCCAGCACUGCAUGUGCUAGGGAUUCACGUUUGUCGUGCUACUGGACAAGAGCUGAUGGAUUCAUCUUCUAGGAUAUCAAGGAUUAGAAACCGUGAACUUGAGAGACUUCGUGGUCCUCCAUGGUUGAAGGCUGUGCAGCGGGUGUUCCUUAGUUGUUUAUAUACAACUCUAGAUUAUGCACAAACAGGUUUAAUUGCUGCAGUCUUCUUUUUCAAGAUGAUGGAGUGGUGGUACCAAUCUGCUGAAGAAAGAAUGUCAGCUCCGACUGUAUACCCACCGCCGCCUCCACCACCAACUCCAAAGGUUGCCAAAGAUGGAAUCCCCUUACCAACUGACAAGACGCUCUGCCCCCUGUGCUGCCAGAAGCGCGCCAACCCUUCUGUUCUUUCUGUUUCUGGUUUUGUAUUUUGCUACAGCUGCAUAUUCAAGUCCGUCUCUCAGCAUAAAAGGUGCCCUGUCACGCUGAUGCCUGCCACUGUUGAACAAAUUAGGCGCCUCUUCCAUGAUUUGUAGCCAUGAAUAUACACAACACUUGCGUAUUUCUGAGGAACAGGAGGAAGUCAGCAUAUAAAAAAACAUAUAGCUCAACCACUGCUUUGUGCCUUUGUCAAACCACAAGAGGACUUGGUUUGAAUCUCACCUUUUGAUACACAAGCACGAUCCACGAAUGGCCCAAUUCUUCUCGUUUUAGGAAAAUUGAUUUGUUCUCAUACCCCUGUACUUUUCUUGUUGUGGUUCAUUGAGAAUUGAUGGGCAAGAUCGAGCUCAAAUAUGAGCUUUGGCAAUUUUAGGCUAGGGUGUAUAAUUUGUUGUUAGGUGAUACUGCACAGAUGAUGUGACUAUAACCAGUUAGGUCAUGUGAAGGUUCUGCACAUCUGUCUGUAAAAGUUUGGUUGUAAUUUGGUAAUAACCCUGUUAUGGUUUUUAACGCCACAUUGCUUUCUCUUCGAA